CCCAGGUACGACAGCGAAUUCGUUGUUUUUCUCGUGGUUUUUCGCGCGCCGCGGCCCCGAGCGCCGAGGUGCCGUGAGUUCCGCACGCUUCCGCUCCCCGUCGCGCCUGCCGAGGCAACCGCACGACACCCACGACAGCCAUUGUAAAUAGGGUGUAUAUAGUGAGAUACGGAGUGCAUAGGUGCGUGGGAGUUUAGUUGGCCAUGAGUUCAAGCAACAAAUCUUUGGUGUCCUCUGGUAGUAGAGGCACCAAUAAAAAUAAAUCACAGCAACAUGGCAAAUCUGAUCAUCACCAAACCAAAUCAUCAGAUUCGACCAAACAUGACAAGGCUCAGCAAAACACAAAUCAAAUGCGCAACGCGCAAAUCAUCGACACCAGAAUGGCGGGUGGUGAGGAUCCUAUCCUGAAGGAACGCAUUAAACAGGUCAUGGAUAUGACCCGACGUUCGGAAGACGAGGUGAUCAUGGCUUUGCAUGAUAGCGACGGAGAUUUGGAUCGCGCCGUUAACGAUCUUUUGGAGGGCGUGAAAACGGAAUGGGAAGUAAAAAAGAAGAAGCCUCGUCAGCCCAGCGGUUCCAAGCAGACUACAGAUCAGUCGGGGGGACAGGAUGACAACGGUGAUUGGGAAGAACGACGCAACCAGCGUGGUGGCGGACCUCCGCGUAUGCGCGGUCGCGCUAAUCACGACAAUCGUGGAUGGCGCGGACGGGAAAAUAAGGAGAACGAAAGGAACAUGGAAGAUGGUAUGCGCGACGGCACUUACAGCAGAAGAGGAAGGGGUGGAUCUGGAAGAUCAGGUCGUGGAUGUCGUAGUGGUGGUCGAGGUCUUGGUCCAAGAACAUUCGCUAACCGUAAUGAUCCAUCGUCUACCUCGUCUGCUCAUGGUUUUAAUCGGCCCAUUGAAACCUGGACAGGUAGUGAGGAACAACAACAAAGUAUUCAAGAACCUAAAAUGGAUGCUUGGAAUAAUUUGGACUCUACAGAAGACUGGGAUAACGAGGAGUACACAGGAUCUUUGGCAGAUACUAAAGUCUUUACUCCGAGCACGAAUAUUCUCGAACCUCCGUCUGUUCUGGAAGAUCAAAAGCCUCAAGAAAUGUCAUCCACGCCAUCGGGUCAGGUAGUUAGUCUGCUACUUCAACAGGAGGAACUACCGAAAUUGUCAGACAUGGCUACGAUGCAGCAGCAGAGUUUAAUACAACCUCAGCAGCAGCAAACCCAGCAACAACAGCAAGUAUUGGGCUUGCCGACGAUGCAGUUAUCACAACAAUCCAACGCUAUUAGCGGCCCACUAAAUGCGGCGCAAACUCAAUAUUUUACGCAACUUACUCAACAGACGAGUGAAAACUUGAAAGCAGCUGCACAAACGUCGUUUGCAUCAACCAUGUCCAGUCAGCCCCAGAGACAAACGAAACAACGUCCGAGAGUACCUCCGCCAUCAAAAAUACCAUCGAGUGCCGUGGAAAUGCCUGGUGACGCGGUGAACAGUGGGAUCAGCUUUCUCGAUGUACAGUUCGGUGCGCUUGAAUUCGGUAGCGACUCGAGUUCUCUUGACGGUUCGGCGAACGAAAAGUACAACUCUACAAAUAACGCAAUCGCUGGUGUAGACAUGACUUCCGGUGCGAGUACUGCGACCACUGCCAAUGCGAAUAAUUCGCUCGACAUCGAAACUACGCAGACUUCCACCACACCGUUUAACGCCAGUUCACAGAUGUUACAGAGUACCGACACUUUACCAGCAUCCAACGAGCACACAAUUAGUUCUCAAAGUUUUACCCGUGGAAGCAGUAGCGGCCAAAGCUUGGAUAUAACUAAACAAGAUUUCACGUCACAAGUCUCACCUGGAAAUGCACCAACGUACGGUGGUACGACGACCUAUCAACCGUCGCAAAAAUCAUCUUUCCAACCGUCAAGUGGUACGCCAAGCACCUACAAUGCAUAUUCGACUAAUAACCAAUCUCAGUCUAGCUUCCAAAAUGCAUCGGGUGCUAACGUGAGUAGUUAUUCCGCGACAGCGACGGUUUCACAGGCGAGUUAUAAUUCGUCAACGUCGUUUCCGCAAUCCAACACGUCGAACUUUAGUCAACCUUCUCCUUCCGCAUCGGCGUCUGCGACUUCCGGUUACAAUCAACCCACCACUAGUAGCCAGGUUUAUCCGUCUGCAAGCGGAUAUGUACCGGCUACAACAUCGCAAUAUCCAGCGCAAGCUACCAAUACGGUAUCGAAUAGCAAUACAGGGUAUCAAACUUAUCAGCCCCAGUACCAGUCUUCUGUCACGACGUUUACAUCUCCAAUAACGCAAAGUUCCGGUUAUCAAAGUGCCGCGCAGUCGGUUUACGCGAAUCCGUAUGGUAGUUAUGCCAGCCAACCACAGACAGCGUCUCACAAUCACAAAUUGAAUAGCACCGCAACGAAGGAUUCGCAGUAUGACAGCAGUGCGACGACAUCGAAUAGUUCUCUCGCGACGACUAGUGCACCAACGUUGGGUCUCACCUCGACGUCUGUUAAUAGCUCGCAGACGAAAGUGACGAAUUCCAAUGCUGUUCCAAAAAGCACGUCGAGCGGAGUAGUGACUGGCAGCAGUGGUACUGGCAACAUGACGGGCGGUGGCGCGGCCGGAAGUAUGACGCCGAUGCUCAGUCACCAAUACAUCAUGGGCCAGGCGGGUGUACCGUAUGCAACUUUCCAACAACCCGUCUACAGCUACGAAGACUUACAACUUGUACAACAGAGAAUACCACACAUGCCAACAACUUACUAUGACGCGGCUCUGGGCUACCAGACAACCGGUCCGGCUACGAGUCUUGGUGGUGGCAGAGGCGAUGCUCUAUCUGGCGUGCAAGGCGUGCAAGGUGUCCAAGGAGUCCAAGGAGCCUAUACCAGUAUUAGCGAUGCCAGGUUCGCUAGAAACGACAGCAAUGCGUCACCAGUUCCUUCCACUAUGUCGCAACAGACCGCCACACAGCAUCAGCAGCCGAUGAUAAAUCCUAUUCCUCCGGGAUACGCGUACGCAUUUACUUAUGGUAGCGGGAUUAUGCCGGGAGGUUUUCAAUAUGGAACUCCUGCCAUUUAUCCGCAAAUAGCAACGGCCGGCAACGCAGGGACAAAUAGCGGCGCAUAUGGCGCUAAGCCGGGUAGCUAUGGAUCUGGUUACGGCGCUGGUGCAAGCUACGAUGCGCUAGCCUCUGCUGGCCCAUCCGCUGAAUACAAGGGUGCCGGUAGCAGUUAUACCGGAACCCAAACUGGUAAAACUGGCACUUCUACGGGAAAUACCAACACCGCUGGCUCUUCCGCAACAGACAUCAGCGCCACGAUGUACGCUAAGAGUCAUGUCGCUCUUGGCAAAGUGAAUUCUUACGAAAAACAGACUUUCCACUCGGCUACACCACCACCGUUCGGUCUUACGGGUAGUCAAAACGCUGGCUUGCCCGGUAGUUAUGGCACCCCGCACUUAUUCAUCCCAACUAUACCGCAUCAACUGCAUCAACCGCUUCAUCAGGAUGGCGGCAACAGCGGCAACCAAAGGUCCAACACGAGUUCACAGAAUAAAGCUCAAGCGAAGCCUGGAUACAGUCCUAGUUAUUGGACCGGUAGCAACUAAAAAUAAAACAACAAAAGACAAACUUUGGACGCGACACAGAGGAAGGACGAAGUAACAUAACAUCCUGCUAGUAAAAACAACAAGUCGUCUUUCGUUGUGAAACGCGAUGGUGUGACAUAGAGACUUUGACGUUGUCAAUAGUUAAAAAUGACGCAUAAAAAUAAUAGACGAGAGACUUUACUUUUUUCGGGAAUUAACACGAGUCAAUGCAGAAAGAAAAGUGAAUACUUUUGAAAAAUUGAAAGGUAUAUGCAAUUAUUGAUGACCGGAUGCUUCCUUCAAUGGUAACGAACAACCAAUUCCUGUGUGCAUGCUACAAUCACUUGUACUUGAUUUAUAAUUUAUUUGUUCAGUUCAGCACACUCGCAAACUUCUCCAAGAGACUGGCGUUGAGCGCGAUAUCACAAUAAGAUAAUUCCUUGCAUUUUAUGCGAUGGUAUACGUGCAAAUCCUAUAUAUAUAAUAAUUUGCAUAUUCCUUCUAACUGUGAAUUGCACUCGUGCCAAAUGAAAUUGUAGCGUUUGUAACGCAAUGGAUUGCGAAAGACGGAUUAUCGUCCGUAUUGAUCGUGAAUUCUAUGACGCGACCAUGUCACAGAAUUCACGAUAAAUUAUUUGGUUCAUCGUGCGAUACGAUGAAGCCAAAUAUCGCGACCUAGUAUGAUGCACUGGAGAAAAGUAAAACUAGAAGAAUAACAUCCGUCGAAUUCGCACCAGAUCUCCCGUUUGUACAUUACAGUGCAAUUUCGAAUGUAUUUCUAUUUGACUGGUAAUAUAGGAUGAUAAUAGUGCGUCUUUAUAUUGUUCUCUUUUCUUUUUCUCGUGUAUGUAAGACUUGGCUUAAUAAAUAUGAAAAGCGUAUCUUUGUGAGGUAACGUAGAGGUGUUUCCGUAAAUGGGCGUAAAUAAAAGGUGUACGCGUGAAAACGUACACUUGUAUAAAUUUAUUAUCGCGUUUUUUUGUAGCGUUUUUAUUUUUGGUAUGGUUCGUCACAGCGACCUUGUAAAAAGUACAAUCGCAUACAUUUGAUUUAAACGCGUUACACAUCUUUGUGAUUAGUAUUGAUUUUUAUUACUCCUUUAGUAUGCAUAUAUUUACUUCUAUUAUAUUGCAAUUGCAUAUAAUCUCAGUUGAUGAUGAACAUAUAUGCAACUCGCAUUAUUUCUAAGUGUAGUUAAAAAAAAAAAUCAAAUAUGCCACAAAUAUUUAAAAAAAUAGUGCUCUACUCUAAUUAUUUUUGUACCUAUCUUUACCUUUUGUCUCUCGUUAAAUCCACACAUUUGAUCAAACUCGCUUUAUUUUCUUAAAAUUGACUACAAUUGCGGUUUACGUUACAUUAUAACAAAAUUAACUGAAUUACAAUAUAUCACGAGUUAAAUUAGUAUAUUUUUUAUAUAAAGAAAAGGAUCGCUAUACUUUGUGUUUCUUGUUUAUUAAUUUAGAUUGGCAAUUUUGAUAUCGUUUAAUUGAUAAAAAUUUAUGUUUAAAAUUAUAUGUAUGAUUGUCAAGAAAUUUUUUGGAAAAUAUUGUAGACAUAUCUAAAAACGUUACGGAUCAUCAUUUGGCAUACUAGUGCAUUUCUAGAUAUAUAUUUAAAAAAAAAUGAUAGAUAAUUUUUGUCAAAGAAAGAAUCGAUUCCCAUCACAGAUUAGCAAAUUUUAAUCUUUAUUGUAUCACAACGUUUUUGAAGAAAAGUGUCGUUGUUAAAUCAAAAAUUGCAGCUUUUUUACGGUUUGCUCGAAAAGAAGUAACCGUAUAUUCGAGGCUCCGUUCGUGGUUCGGAGCACGUGAUGCACGGCAGAGGUGACAUGUGAUGUUUUCCAUUGCAGCAAACAAUCGUACACGCUCUUCGUUAUCUAGAGGUAGAGACGAGCUAAAAAAAAAAAUCGAUUAAAAUGGAGAUGAGACUUAACAUGACUGAUUAUCGAGACGAGUGAGCAUAUAUAGUAACGGUGAUUAACAGCGAUAUUUGUAUCUUUUUCAUUAUGAGAUUGUAAUAAAAAGAAAGAAAGAAAGAAAGAAGCCAUUAUCGAUUCCGUCUGGUGUACACAUUCGUUAAUAUUGCAUUAUUCAUGCUGAUUAGAGGUGUGUGAACUGUAUAGCUAUAUACAUAUUAAUCGGAAACGAAAUAAUACGCAUAUAUUGACCAACAAUAGAACACACAUAUUUUGAAGAUAUACUUUACAUUUUUGCAUUGUGAAUAAAAUGAAUGAUCGCAGAUAUUCCUCUGGUGAGCACGAGAGAGAGAGAAAGAGCGGGAGAAAAAAAAAACGAGAACAAAGCAAAAUACGUCGAACGAACGAGAGAAGUAAAUGUAUGUGAAGCGUUUUUCGCGAAGGUGCUGUGAGAAUUGUUACGACUUGCGUGUAGGAUAAAAACGUGAGGAAUAAUGUUUCUUCUAGCACGAAUACUAUGGACCGACGGUCCGCUACGGUCGACAAAGCUUUACCGCUAAUUUGAAGGCGAGAGAGGUAAAUAGUUGUAAGUAAACUCUUGUUAGCGACUGCAUAUAUAUACAUAUAUAAAUAUAUAAAUACAUAAACUCGUAUAUAUAUAUAUAUACAUAAAAAAAAUGCGAUAUGAGUAGGAUGCGUUU